AUGUCGGCAAUAAAGAAGAAUAUGUUCUUAGAUGUAAUAAAUCCAACAACCAAGUGUCUGGAUCACCACAACGGGAUUAUAUUGGGGGGGUUUGGGUAUAGGGGUAUCGGGAGCAAUAUUUCCCAAGAAACCUGGGGGUCCACUCUUGUCCCUCGAGACACGUCACUCGGUCGACUCACCGUUGACGUCAAUGCCCACGAGUCCGGUACCACCCGUCACGGCUCACCGCCGGACCAAACCACCGAAGGAAUCCACUGUCCGUUAUCCCUCACCAGAAAUUGGCCAAAGUCAGAUGUAUUUACAAGAUACGUGAUAAUGUUGUUCUACCAAUGCUAUAACACAGCCAAAAUUGGUCAAACCCACUGGGAAUCGUAA